CUUGCGGCCGCUCAUGUCGCAUUCAUGGCCAAACCCAAGAGCUCGACCUGCUCACCACGGCAUUGUAGCGUUUAGCCAGGGGCCCACAGGUCCGUUGGCAAGCGCUGCUGAUAUUCACAUUGUUCGUGAAACAACAAGCGCCAACCCCGCCUCCUCCCUGCUGCCAAAGUGAUGCUAAACACCGCACGAGAGCUUAAACAAAACCCGUCCCCGAAAGGGUCAAGGGUCUGAUUGAUUUCGUUUCGAAGUUAAUAAUAAUUAUAUUUUCAACCCCUCUUUCUUCUACCUGCCACAUGCACACCUGGUUUUCACCCAUCCGCCCUUCCCAUCCGAUAUUGUAACACUCCGCCCGCAACAUGGCGGACGUUACAGCUGUGCGGGAGGGCUUGCUUCGGGUCUGUCAGUUCAUUCGCGUAGCAAGACGGUGUUUGGGCGGUGUACGAGAUCUACCGGAAACUUCGGAGAGAACUACUUCGCUUCUCUGCGAUCUUCUGGAGCUGUUGUAUACCACCAAAGAUCAGCUCGACGGUGCGGAUGAAGCUUCGGCCCUCGAUGCGGAACGACUGGAAGCACUGUAUGAGCUUCUUAUGCUUUUCGAGGCAUCAUUGAAGCUCAUUGAAGUUUACCUUCACCCAGGCGGCGUAGGGGUGAGGGAGUUUCGGAGAAGUCUCUUGGAGCGUACUAUAAUCCCAACACUCGAGCAAUAUAAAGUGGCCUUUAUUUUAUCGGGUCAACCGCCUUCUGAUGAGAGAACACUUGCUGAAGAAAAUGUUCGACAAAAUCUUCGCCAGCUACAUGAAAUGGAACCUAGAUCCCGGACCAUCAAGUAUGACGAAGCAAUCAUUAGUUCGACUGAUCGCGUCGCCGCCGAAAAUUUUAUCACACUUGGAGACUUGUGCAAUCGACGGCAGCCUGGAACAUGCCAGUGGAUUUUCAAUCAUCAUAAAUACAGCCAGUGGCUGCAAGGGUCUUUUCGCACUUUAUACUGUCUCGGAUCUGCCGGUAUUGGAAAAACGUUCCUUUCAGCAGUUGUCAUUGACUCCUUACAACGGACCUUCACAUCUCCGGAUGUUGCAAUUGUCUUUAUAUUUAGUCAUAAAGAGAAAGACGAUGGACCGGGCUGCCCUGCGCUCUUGCAAAAUGUUCUCGCACAGCUGAUUUAUCGUCGACGUGCGCUUUCGCAUGCUACCGAUGCACUCUAUGAUUUUGAGUCCAUAUCAGGAACAAAGGCAUCUUCCAAAGCGUACCAGAACGCGAUCAGAGCUGAAAUGAAUCGGUUUUCAAAAGUGUUCUUGGUGAUAGAUGGUCUUGAUACAAUGGCCGAUCGGGAAAGAUUUCUAAAUCGCAUGCAGAAGCUCCCAGAACACGCGCAAUUGUUCAUCACAUUGCGCGAAAUGCCCAACACUGACAGGAUCAACCACAUCAAUAUUUCCGUGCCCAAAAAGGAUAUCACGGAUUAUGUUGUCUCUCGUCUUCACAGCGAUGGUGCGCUCUCGCAAAUCAUCAAAGGAGACGAGCCGGACUCAAAGAUGGAAGAGGAUAUCAUCAGAUAUGUCGUUGAGAAAUGUCAUGGAAUCUUUCUAUUGGCACAGUUGCACUUGGAACUAUUAGCAAGCUAUAAUGAAAAAGCUCUUGCUUACAGUGCUCUCACUCAUCUGCCAGAAAGUCUGGGUGAAGCCUAUGCCGAGGUCAUGAAACGCAUAUUGAGUCAACACCCAAGUGCCAGAAAAUUCAUAUUCUGGACUCUCUUUUCCCGCAAACCGCUAACAGUGGCGGAGCUAAAAUAUGCUACUAUGGACGACAAAAGCUCGGAAGCCGCCCAUUCCGAUCUCCAAUCCUUUGAGAAUAAAUUACUCGACGAGUCCUGUGGCAUACUUGCAAUUGAGGCUGCGACGGGGACGGUCAACCUCGUCCACAGGACGGCAAAAGACGCUCUCGAAAGGAUGGCAUCGGCUAGUACCAUAUUCUCUGCAGCCAAUAAAGAGAUCGCCGAAACCUGUCUUACCUUAAUCUCCUCCGACGAAGUUGUCGACGACUGCUAUAUGAAAAAAGAGGAUACUUCUAGAAGCUGCUGCGAUACCCUAUUAGACUAUGCCGCUUCUAACUGGGGGUACCAUGCCUGCGAUGCUGCAGAAGAAGAGCAGACAAUCCAAGUCUUAGUCACAACGUUCCUCAAUAAAGUUUCCCCAUACAAGUUCCCGGAACAACUUGGAAUUGGCCGAUAUCCAUAUGAUUGGACUCCUUUACAUUAUCUAGCUUACUUUGACAUCACAUGUCGGUCUAGGCGUCUUCUCGAGCAAAAUGCCGCUGAGGUUGAUUCUCAUGACAAUGUCCUUGGAAUGACACCUCUUCACUCUAUCGUGGAGCUGUUACUUGACAACGGCGCAGAUAUCAAUGCCCAAACUAAGCAAGGGGAUACCGCACUACACCUUGCAACGGAACGAGGUCAGCGCAGGGUCAUGAAACUUCUUCUCGCUCGCGACAUUGACACGACAGCAACUAAUAAGGCAGGACAUACGGCAUUACAUAGCGCCAUAGGGACAGUCAGCGAUGAGGCGACGAUUCCUCUCUUGGUCAAAUCCAAGGUCGACACGGGUGAUACUGGGCUGCACCUCGCCGUGCAGUAUAAAAGGCCUCGAAUCCUCCUAUUUCUUCUGAACAAGAAGGCCGUCAUCAAUUCAUUUAAUAAAAAGGCCGCCAAGCUGAACAAUUGCGAAGCACUGACUCUUCUAUUGGAACGCGGAGCACAGGUAGAGUCUCGCUCUCAAGAUGGUGUCACAGCUUUGCACGAGGCUGCUGGAACUGGCAAUUGGAUCGCAUUCGAUCUUCUUCUUGCUGGCGAGGGCGAGACCCUACUCCAUGACAAAUCUUUCAAACCGAAUGGGUUUGGAAUGGCUUCAAAACUGCUUGAUAACGGAUACACACCACUUCAAUAUGUGUUCUUUUUACUCUUGGAACGGGGCGCAAAUAUUACUGUUGAAACGCCUCGUGGCGAAAAUCUGCUUCAUAUAACUCCCCCGUGUAACGAGGAAUACAUGGAAAUUCUUCAAAUUUUAAUUCAGAAAGGUCUCGGUGGCUGGACUCCCUUACAUCAAACCGCGUUCCGAGGCACCGGAUCACCAGACAUUUCCUAUGACAAGAGCUGUGAAUAUUUGGAAAUGCUACUGUCACAUGAGGCUGCUGAGAAAGAAACCGCUCUUCACCUUGCCACCCGGGCUUCCAUUCCUCGGCCUUCAUUCAUAUCUCUUCUCCUCAGUCGUGGAGCAGAUAUUAACGCCAGGAACAAUGAAGCUGCUAUGCAACACGGAGCCGAUUCAUCAAUUAAAGCACCGAGCGCAGAAAAUACAGAUAAACCAUCGAGCAUUGAACAGAACACAGACAUCCUAAAAACAGCGGAUGAAGAAAGCGGCCUAACGGCUUUUGAACUCGCAAAGGCAAACCCUCUUGGAGCACUGUGGUUUGACGAGAAGGGGGAGCUGCGCCCAUCAACCGUACCCAGCCGUCGGGCCAGCUCCGCAACUUUAAUUGAUGAGAGUGAUAUUGAGGAUGAUGACGAUUCUGAGACUGAGACUGGUGGGACUACAGUAACUGGAGAGUCUUUCACAGUGAUUGAAAAAUAAUCCACAGGUCCCCAUUUCCGCUACUUGAUACCCAACUUGGAAUUCUGUAUAUAUAGUGUGCCACAUAUGGGGGGAUUUUUUUACCUGUUUUCCGGUGGUUUGACCUUUUAUCUGCUGCAUAUUCAGCCUAUCUUGCACAAUCCGUCUUAUCUAUAUACUUAUGAGGAAGCGACUUCGUGGAACGAUGGCAUUGGGGGACAUCAGAAGCAUAGCUUCAACUUACAUCAUCAGCGUGGGCGUAAGCAUUAUGUUCAUUCGAUCCAUUAGCGUUGAUUGAUUGUCAUCAUGUACGAAAAAGGUCGGAUUAGUGAAUCUCACUCUUCUUUCCUUUUAUUUUCCAAGAAAAACACCUUUCGUCUUAAUUCAUACUAGGGCAUGGAUAAAAAGUAAAU